CGCAUGCCCAGUAACCCGUCAUGUCCAGGCCGGUAAACAAGGAAUGAGCGAACGCUAAAUACCGAGCUCGCAGCUUAGUGACCCGUACGUUAUCCCUAGUUGAAAGUAAGGUGUCAUUAUGAACCUGGCUAGGCAGAACGUUGAGACCGGAGCCACGCAGCUCUUGUUUGCGAAUUUCAACCAAGAUAACACAUCCUUAGCAGUUGGUAUCAAAUCUGGUUACAAGUUCUUUUCUUUGCCUUCUGUGGAUAAGCUUGAGCAAAUAUAUGAAUGCACUGACACAGAGGAUGUUUGCAUUGUAGAACGGCUCUUCUCCAGUAGUCUGGUUGCUAUUGUCAGCCUCAAAGCGCCUCGAAAACUUAAAGUGUGUCAUUUUAAGAAAGGAACUGAAAUCUGCAACUACAGUUAUUCUAACACUAUCUUGGCUGUGAAAUUAAACAGACAGAGGCUGAUUGUAUGUCUGGAAGAAUCCCUGUACAUACACAAUAUAAGAGACAUGAAAGUUCUGCACACUAUCCGAGAAACACCCCCAAACCCUGCAGGCCUCUGUGCACUGUCAAUUAAUGGAGAUAAUUGCUACUUGGCAUACCCUGGGAGUGCCACCAUUGGAGAAGUCCAGGUCUUUGACACUGUUAACUUGAGAGCAGCUAAUAUGAUUCCUGCCCAUAACAGCCCUCUGGCAGCUUUGGCUUUUGAUGCAAGUGGCACAAAAUUGGCAACUGCUUCUGAAAAGGGCACAGUGAUCCGUGUUUUUUCUAUCCCAGAAGGUCAGAAGCUGUUUGAGCUCAGGCGAGGAAUGAAAAGGUGUGUGACAAUAUUUUCGCUGGCAUUCAGCAUGGAUGGCACAUUUCUUUCUGCUUCAAGUAAUACAGAGACUGUGCACAUCUUCAAGUUGGAGACUGUCAAGGAAAAGCCUGCGGAAGAACCAACCACCUGGACAGGUUACUUUGGAAAAGUUAUUAUGGCUUCCACCAGUUAUUUGCCUUCUCAAGUAACUGAAAUGUUUAACCAGGGCAGAGCAUUUGCGACUGUUCGCUUGCCGUUCUGUGGUCACAGGAACAUCUGUUCAUUGGCAGUAAUUCAAAAGAUCCCAAGGCUUCUUGUUGCUGCUGCAGAUGGUUACCUAUACAUCUACAACCUUGACCCACAAGAGGGUGGAGAGUGCACACUAAUGAAACAACACAAAUUAGAUGGUAGCAUGGAACCUGCAAAUGAAAUUUUAGAGUCUGCAUCACAUGAUAGACCAUUUGUUUCAAAGAACUAUGGUACUUCAGCAACAAAAGACGCCUAUUCAACAUCACCAACAAGUCAUGCCUUUUGUGAUGAACUUGGAGCUGUGGGUGGGACGAACCUAGAAGAUGAAACCCAUACUCUCCGACUAGAUGAAGACAGCGAAAAUCCACCCAUGGUCUUGAGAACAGAGUAAAAUUAGUUGUUUCUCAACAUAGGCACAGAACUACAAGAAGAUAUUUUGAAAUCUCUUGUGUUUGCUGCUAUGGACUAAUUUAGGGAUCAGGAAAGAUACACUCAACUGCAAAAUAUAAGUGGGUUAUUUUUAACAGCGGGACGAAUUCUGAUAUUUUCACUUCACUUUCAAUGCAAUUUUUAGCUCUUGUUUGGUUGCCAAAAUAAGAUAUGAUUUGUUGCUUAGCAUGUUACUUUGUGCCAACCAAAUUUAGAAACUAUAGAAACUGCUAACUUUAUUUGACUUUUUGAUCCUUUUAAACCCUGUACAUGUAUAAAGACUAUAUAUAUAUAUAUAUAUAUAUAUAUAUAUAUCUUGUGUGUGUAUAUAUGUAUGUAUAUUUUGUGGCUAAAGAAGACAUAUGAAUAUUUAGCUGGACACUUUAGUAUUACUUCACCUAGCGACUAUGUCUGGGACUGCAACAUACAUACCAAUUUAACACAUUUAUGCUCUUAUAUUUGGAUCAGCUGUGUUCACUGGACCACUGUCAAAGGAAAUGCACAAUAAAGGAAUUGUACAGGA